CUGCAACUCAAAUCCAAACCCUAGAAAAAUUCUAGUCUCCAUUACCUUCUUCACAUUCUCUCUGCAACCAAAAAUGCCUUCAAUCCCCGAAGAACCUCUUUUGGCUCCAAACCCAGAUCGAUUCUGUAUGUUCCCAAUCCAUUAUCCUCAAAUCUGGGAAAUGUACAAGAAAGCUGAAGCUUCCUUCUGGACAGCAGAAGAGGUUGAUCUCUCCCAAGAUCUCCGUCACUGGAAUGAAACCCUAACCCUCGACGAGAAACAUUUCAUCACUCACGUUCUCGCUUUCUUUGCUGCCUCAGACGGAAUUGUCCUCGAAAACCUUGCUGGUCGGUUCAUGAAGGAAGUUCAAGUCGCUGAAGCUCGUGCUUUCUAUGGUUUUCAGAUCGCAAUCGAGAACAUCCACUCCGAAAUGUACAGUCUUUUACUUGAAACCUACAUCAAGGAUUCUUCAGAGAAAGAUCGUUUGUUUCGUGCAAUCGAGACAGUUCCUUGCGUGAAGAAGAAAGCCGAAUGGGCUCUUCGGUGGAUCGACGGUUCAGAAUCGUUUGCAGAACGUGUAAUAGCCUUUGCUUGUGUUGAAGGGAUCUUCUUCUCGGGGAGUUUUUGUUCGAUCUUUUGGCUCAAGAAGCGAGGGUUGAUGCCUGGUUUGACCUUCUCGAACGAGUUGAUCUCGAGAGACGAAGGGUUACAUUGUGAUUUUGCGUGUUUGCUCUAUGGGUUAUUGAAGCAGAGGCCGAGUGAGGAGCGAGUUAAAGGAAUCGUCGCUGACGCGGUGGAGAUUGAAAGAGAGUUUGUUUGUGACGCGCUGCCCUGCGCGUUAGUGGGUAUGAAUGCGGAUCUGAUGAGUCAGUAUAUACAGUUUGUUGCUGAUCGGCUGCUUGGCGCUCUAGGGUAUGGAAAACUGUACAAUGUUCAGAAUCCGUUUGAUUGGAUGGAAUUGAUCUCAUUGCAGGGGAAAACUAACUUCUUUGAGAAGAGGGUUGGGGAUUAUCAAAAGGCUUCAGUUAUGUCGAGUUUGAAUGGGGAUGGUGGGUCCCAUGUGUUCAAGAUGGAUGAGGACUUCUGAUCUACGGUCCUGAUGAUUGUAUUAUAUUUUCCUUUUUAUUUUU